AUGUGUGGCAUCCACGCGGUAAUCAGCGUCAACGGCACGGCGUCGCCUGAUCUCGGAGGAGCGCUCAAGCAGUCCCUGCAGAACCGAGGCCCGGACCACCUCGGUCAGGCUUGUCGGACCCUGCAAGCCACUGCAGCCGGUAACACUGAGUCACAGGCACUUCACCUCACUUUCACGUCCACGGUCCUUGCCCUGCGAGGCGAUCACAUCGCGCAGCAGCCGCUACUCGGCCCCUCGGCCGAUGGAUCCGUGCUGUGCUGGAACGGCGAGGCCUGGCGGUUCGACGGACAGCCGGUCUCGGGCAACGAUGGCGAGGCGCUGUGCUCGCGCCUGAGUCAACCACACCCUGACACUCCCCGUCAAGACCACGUCCUGGGCAUCUUCAGGAGCAUCCAAGGCCCGUUCGCAGUCGUGUACUACGACGACAUCGACCGCCGUGUGUACUACGGCCGCGACCGUCUGGGCAGGAGGUCGCUGCUCGUGCACAGGGCUGACGACGGCAGCGCCAUCUCGUUCUCGAGCGUCGCCGGACAGCCUGUCACAGGAUGGACCGAGGUCCCCGCGGAUGGGCUUUAUUCGUUGAACCUGGACGCUUGUACGGGUACCUUGGUCGACUAUACCAGACUUGUCGAGAGACAUAUGUGGCUGGACGAAGAGCCCGAAAUGAAUAUGGUCUCCAACGUGGGCUUGUUCAAUGCCACGGCAGAAAAGCCUGAUGGCAAUGAUUGCCAGUUGCAAGCGCAAGAAGAAGGUAGCAUCGUGGACGACCUCGAGAGCCAGCUUAUGUCAUCGCUAAAGCUGCGAGUCGUCGAUGUACCCGAGCCCCCUCGCGCGCAUGCUGCAGCUGAUCGUGAUGUCCGCGUCGCCAUCUUGUUCUCCGGCGGUCUGGACUGUACUGUCCUUGCACGUCUUGCACAUGAGCUAGUGCCAACUUCUCAAGGCCUGGACUUGAUCAAUGUUGCUUUUGAGAACCCUCGGUUGGUGGCGCAGUACCUCAAGCAGCCUGAAGAGGCACGCAAAAUGGACUUCUACGAGACCUGCCCAGACAGGAUCACUGCGCGGAAAGCCUUUGCUGAGUUGAAGCAGUCCUGCCCGGGACGGUCCUGGAGACUGAUAACUGUGAACAUCCCCUUUGAAGAGACCAUGGCCCACAAGCCCACUGUAGUCUCCUUGAUACAUCCACAUGACACCGAGAUGGACCUCUCCAUCGCCAUUGCAUUGUACUUCGCAGCCAGAGGCACAGGGCACGCCUACACAGCCUCUCAUGUAUGGCAGCCAUCCAUGCCACUCACCACGACACCGGCACGCGUCCUUCUCUCCGGCCUCGGCGCAGACGAGCUCUUUGGCGGAUACGCGAGGCACGACAUUGCCUACAAGCGCGCCGGCUACGAGGGGCUAGUCGAAGAGCUGCGCCUCGACGUGGGCCGCAUCGGCCAGCGGAAUCUGGGCCGGGACGACCGCGCCAUGUCGCACUGGGGCAAGGAGGUGCGCUUCCCGUUCCUGGACGAGGAGCUCGUCCGGUUUGCCAUCGGCUUGCCCGUGUGGGCCAAAUGCGACUUUGGCAUUGCGGAGCAUGAGACGGGGAUCGAGCCGGCAAAGAGGAUAUUAAGACUUCUUGCUGACCGUAAGGGGUUGCCGAUUGCUGCAAGGGAGAAGAAGAGAGCGGUCAGUUCGUGA